CCAGGGUCACGUUCGUCCUGCCUCCUCGCGGUGCGCGCGCGCAGCUUUCUUGCCGUAGUCUUUGCGCUUUUUCCUGACAGCCUUCACCGUUUGCGCGGAGCUUUUGCGGAUCUGACGGGGCUGUUUUUCCGGAGACCCCCCGCAUCUGUCCACACAUGGUGCAGUAAAGGACGCGCACUUUCCUCCGACUGACGUUUGAAAGGUCGCCCGUUACCGGAGCCGCAGCGGGCGCUCACCAUGGAGAUACAGAGAUGGAGCACCAGGUGGAAAACGAAAAGAUGUCUGUGGGACUGGACUCUAGCCGCGUUCAUGGUUUUAACCUUUCAACCCGCCCGAGCAGCUGAACCCGUGGACGUCCUGAAGCUGCUGGACUUCCAGAGUUCCCCUGAAGGAGUCCGGAAAGCACCUGGAUUCUGCACCUUCCGGAGAGGAUCCAAACCCGACGUGGCGUUCAGGAUCAGCAGGAACGUUCAGAUCAGCGUUCCCACCAAACAGAUUUUUCCAGGGGGGGCUUUCCCGGAGGAUUUCUCCAUCCUGUUCACCAUCAGGCCCAAAGCCGGACUCCAGUCCUUCCUCCUGUCCGUCUACGACCAGCAGGGCGUCCAGCAGCUCGGCGUGGAGGUGGGCCGCGCCCCGCUCUUCCUCUACGAGGACCAGCACGGCAGCCCCCGCCCUGAGGAGUACCCCCUGUUCCGCUCCGUCAACCUUGCUGAUGGAAAGUGGCAUCGAGUGGCUCUCAGCGUGGAAAAGAAGAGCGUCAGCAUCUUCGUGGACUGUAGGAAGAAGGGGACCAGGCCUCUCCAGAGAAGCGGCGGGGCCGUGAUCAGCACUGACGGCAUCACGCUCUUCGGCACCAGGAUCCUGGAUCAGCAGGUCUUUGAGGGAGACAUCCAGCAGCUGCUAAUCGUGGCGGACCCCCACGCAGCCCACGACUACUGUGAGCACUACAGCCCCGACUGCCAAACACCCAGUCACCAGGACGCCCCCCAGGCUCAGGAACCCGAGUACACCAACUACGACUACGAGGCCUUCUAUGACUACAGUGAAGGAGAAACCACUGAAGCUCCUCCCACUGCAGGGGAGAACACACAGACCGGUGCAGAUGCAGAGUUGUAUCCAGGCGGUUACGAUUAUGGCAUCGUGAGGGAAAGUCAACCUGAAACUCCCACAGAGACCAAAGAAACCAAACCGAAUUAUGAAGAGGAGAUCGUGGAUGAUUACAUCACUGGUGUGGAGGAGGUUGGCGUGGACACCACGCCUCCGGCGGACCCUGACCUUCCCAAGGUCGAUGAUUACGAUCUAAAGGAAUAUGACGGCAACAAACAUUACAGCGAGAAAGUUUAUGAAUAUGGUAACUAUGGAGACUAUGGUGAUUCUGUCUCCACUGACGCCAAACCCACUCCGGAAGCAUACGAGGAAGAGCUGGGUCCGGUGUCGCCCGCAGAGACAGACUUCACAGGGAGCAGUGUGGGUGGAGGUCAGUCUUACUAUGGAGAAAAGGGAGAAAAGGGAGAACCUGCUGUCAUUGAACCCGGGAUGAUUGUACAGGGACCCCAAGGAGCCCCCGGUCCAGCAGGGGUGUCUGGUGCCCCAGGAUUACAGGGACCCCCGGGACCACCAGGAGAUCGGGGUGAGAUGGGUCCUCCUGGGCGUGCUGGUAUUCCUGGUUCGGACGGGGUUCCUGGGCCUCCAGGUACCAUUCUGAUGCUCCCGUUUCGCGCUGGGGGGGAAUCACACAAGGGGCCGGUGGUGACGGCCCAGGAAGCUCAAGCUCAAGCCAUCCUGUCCCAAGCUAGGCUAACAAUGAGAGGAUCUCCAGGCCCGGCAGGACUGACAGGAAGACCCGGUCCAGUGGGAAACCCCGGAGCUCCAGGUCUGAAAGGUGACAGCGGUGAUUCUGGCCCGCAGGGCCCCAGAGGUCUUCAGGGACCGACUGGUCCUCCAGGGAAGCCAGGAAAACGGGGCCGGAACGGCGCUGAUGGAGCCCGAGGCAUGCCCGGAGAGGCAGGAGGCAAAGGCGACCGAGGGUUUGACGGACUCCCAGGUCUUCCUGGACAGAAAGGUCACAGGGGAGAGCAGGGCCCCACAGGGUCUCCAGGCCCUCCAGGACAGGACGGUCCCAGAGGAGAAGAUGGCCAGGUUGGGCAAAGAGGAGUGGCAGGAGAGAGUGGGCCCAGAGGUUUGCUUGGCCCCCGGGGCCUUCCUGGUCCUGGAGGACAGACUGGGCUUCCUGGACUUGAUGGACAAGCUGGACCCAAAGGAAACAUGGGUCCACAGGGGGAGCCGGGGCCUCCGGGGCAGCAGGGCAUGCCGGGCCCCCAUGGUCUGGUUGGUCCUCAGGGUCCGAUUGGGCCUCCAGGUGAAAAAGGACCUCAGGGGAAACAGGGUCUGGCUGGACUCGCUGGUGCUGAUGGUCCUCCUGGUCACCCGGGGAAAGAGGGUCCUCCGGGCGAGAAAGGCUCAGUGGGUUUUCCUGGUCCCAUCGGAUCCAUCGGUUAUCCGGGGCCCCGGGGGGUCAAAGGUGCUGAGGGCAUCCGAGGUCUCAAAGGGGACAGAGGAGAAAAGGGAGAAGACGGGUUUCCUGGCUUCAAAGGUGACAUGGGCAUCAAGGGAGACAAGGGUGAAGGAGGAGUUCAAGGGCCCAGAGGAGAGGAUGGUCCUGAAGGUCCCAAGGGCACAUCAGGACCCACUGGAGAGUCUGGACCAAUAGGUUCAGCUGGAGAAAAGGGAAAACUCGGAGUUCCCGGAUUACCCGGAUACCCUGGAAGACAAGGUCCAAAGGGCUCCAACGGAUUUCCCGGCUUUCCCGGAGCAAACGGGGAAAAAGGAGCAAGGGGAAUUGCUGGAAAAUCGGGCCCCAGAGGCCAACGCGGCCCCACGGGUCCACGAGGAGGACGAGGACCACGAGGGCCGACCGGGAAACCAGGAGCAAAGGGUACCUCAGGGACUGACGGACCUCCAGGCCAACCCGGAGAACAGGGGCCUCAGGGGCCGCAGGGACCCGUGGGUAUGCCCGGACCCAAAGGACCAAAUGGCCCCCCAGGAAAAGACGGGCUGCCCGGCCAUCCGGGGCAGAGAGGGGAAACGGGCUUUCAAGGAAAGACGGGGCCCCCAGGACCCGGAGGUGUGGUUGGACCCCAGGGACCAACUGGAGAGACAGGACCAAGUGGAGAACGGGGACAUCCAGGCUCCCCAGGUCCACCUGGUGAGCAAGGUCUACCGGGAGCUGCAGGAAAAGAGGGUGGAAAGGGAGAUCCGGGUCCCCACGGUCAUUCGGGCAAGGUUGGGCCCCCGGGCUUGAGGGGCUUCCAAGGGGCAAGAGGUCUUCCAGGGGCCACGGGUCCAGCUGGCUUAAAGGGAGGAGAAGGGCCUCAGGGUCCCCCUGGCCCCAUUGGUUCUCCUGGAGAAAGAGGACCAGCGGGUCCUGGAGGUCCCAUUGGUCAGACGGGUCGAAACGGUCCACAGGGACCACCCGGUCCUGCAGGGGAAAAGGGUGGCCCCGGAGAGAAAGGCGACUUGGGUCCGGCUGGCCGUGAUGGGAUUCAAGGGCCUGUAGGUCUUCCUGGACCAGCUGGUCCUCAGGGUCCACCUGGAGAAGAUGGUGACAAGGGGGAGGUUGGAGGACCUGGACAGAAGGGAGGCAAAGGAGACAAAGGCGAGCGUGGUCCACCAGGCCCCAUGGGUUCCCAGGGCGUGGUUGGGGCUCCCGGUCCGGCAGGGAGCGACGGUGAGCCCGGGCCCAGGGGGCAGCAGGGCAUGUUCGGCCAGAAAGGAGACGAAGGACCUCGAGGGUUUCCAGGUCUCCCGGGACCCGUUGGAUUGCAGGGUUUGCCCGGACCUCCUGGUGAGAAGGGGGAGAACGGAGAUGUCGGUGCGAUGGGUCCCCCUGGUCCUCCUGGUCCCAGAGGUCCUCAGGGUUCCAGCGGAGCAGAUGGUGCACCCGGUCCUCCUGGAGGUGUAGGUUCCAUGGGAGCUGUCGGUGAGAAGGGAGAAACUGGUGAGGCUGGAAACCCAGGACCACCCGGAGAGCCUGGCAUUGGCGGACUUCGAGGAGAGAUCGGUGAGAAGGGAGAAACUGGCCCCCCGGGAGCAGCUGGACCCCCCGGUGGUCGAGGACCCCCUGGAGAUGAUGGUCCUAAGGGUAACCCUGGUCCUGUUGGCUUCCCAGGAGACCCUGGUCCCCCUGGUGAGCCAGGUGUUGCUGGUCUGGACGGUUUACCUGGAGACAAAGGAGACGAUGGAGAGGCAGGACAACCGGGCCCUCCAGGUCCAUCUGGGGAAGCUGGAGUACCAGGACCUCCUGGCAAAAGGGGUCCCGUAGGAAGAGCUGGUGCUGACGGCAAACAGGGAGAAAAAGGAUCCAAGGGAGAUCCCGGAGCAGAAGGACCUGCUGGAAAAACUGGGCCUGUGGGACCUCAAGGCCCCCCUGGAAAGCCUGGUGCUGAGGGUUUGCGUGGGAUCCCUGGCCCUGUUGGUGAACAAGGACUCCCUGGUGCUUCUGGUCAAGAUGGCCCCCCUGGACCAAUUGGACCCCCGGGACUUCCUGGAAUGAAAGGUGACUCGGGAUCAAAAGGAGAAAAGGGACAUCCUGGACUGAUUGGUCUGAUUGGACCUCCUGGUGAACCUGGGGAGAAAGGAGACAGAGGUCUGCCAGGACCCGCGGGAGCUGCUGGUGGUAAGGGAGAGGCUGGCCUUGGGGGUUCCUCCGGUCCUCUCGGCCCCCCUGGUCCUCCUGGGAUCCCUGGAGCUCAAGGACAGAAGGGCAGCAAAGGUUCGACUGGCUCAGCAGGUCAGAAGGGAGACCCCGGAGUGAUCGGACCGCCAGGACCACCUGGUCCUCCUGGAGACAUGAUCCAGCCUCUGCCCAUCCACCAGCCCGGUAAGAAGAACCGGCGGCAGGCUGAGGCGCAGGCGGAUGAGGCAAUGGCUGACUACGCCGGCAUGGAAGGGAUGGAGGACGUCUUUGGAUCUCUCAACAACCUCAAACAGGACAUCGAGCGUAUGAAAUUCCCCCUGGGCACCCAGGACAACCCAGCCAGGACGUGCAAUGACCUGCACCUCAGCCAACCCGACUUCCCUGAUGGUGAAUACUGGAUUGAUCCCAACCAGGGCUGCAUUGGAGACUCCAUCAAAGUCUACUGUAACUUCACAGCAGGAGGAGAAACCUGCAUCUACCCAGACAGGAAAUCCGCGGGGGUUCGAAUAUCCAACUGGCCCAAGGAGACACCAGGAGCCUGGUUCAGUGAGUUUAAACGUGGCAAAAUACUGAACUAUGUGGACGCAGCAGACAACGCCAUCGACUUGGUGCAGAUGACCUUCCUGAAGCUUCUGAGUUCGUCGGCGCGGCAGAACUUCACCUAUAUCUGCCAUCAGUCUGUGGCUUGGUACAACGCCCUGACUGACAGCUAUGACAAGGCUCUGCGCUUCCUGGGCUCCAACGACGAGGAGAUGUCUUAUGACAAUAAUCCUUUCAUCAAGCCUCUGAUGGACGGCUGCUCGCUGAGGCAGGGUUACUCCAGGACCAUGUUGGAGAUCAACACCCCCCGCAUUGACCAGCUGCCCAUCAUUGAUGUCAUGCUCAAUGACUUUGGUGAAUCCAACCAGAGGUUUGGCUUCGAGGUUGGUCCCGUGUGUUUCCUUGGUUAGACACGCCCCUUCUCCCGCUGAAGGACAGGGUCAGACGGUUUGUACGGACGCCCAUUUAGACCCAACAGCUGCUCCCCCCACAAAGCAACUUCUGUUUCCUGUGACUCUAAGAAGUCUUCGAAAGCCCAGAACAGUCCUGGAAGCGCCGGCAUGCGGACCCAACUUGGGUCAGAACCGCCUGACUUUGACCUUGUGACAUCAGCAAAAGGACUUUUGAUGCUGCAGUGGACAGCAGUGCACCUUUUCUUCAUUGAGGAUCUGCUGGUCUCAGCUUCAUCCUCCUCUUCCUCCCUCCUCCUUUGACCCAGCAGGUUCUGCUCUGAAUUCAACCACAGAGGAGCUUUUGUGCACAAACCACUCAAGGUGCUACGAUCGGUGCGUUUUGUUAAACUGUAAUUAAUUUUAUUAAUAUUUGUACAAAUUGGUGCACUCUCUCGCCUGCAUGAGCCCUGUCUUCAACUUUGAACACACUUGAGAGGUCAUGCUCAAAUAAAGAAUAUAUUAUUGUCUCUUAAGGAAGCAGUGGAUUCCAAUCAACCAUGACACGCAUUACCAAACCCUGUGAAUCUGUUUUUGGAUGUACAUGUUAUAAAACCGGCCUGGCAAACACCGCCUCAUUCUGAUUUCCUUCCUACUGCGUUUAAACGGGAGGCUAUAAAAACCCAUUUUCAAAUUUUAUUGAGGGUAUUUUUAUCCAGCCAACUGCAGUACCUCAAAAGUGGACCUAAUUUUUCUCUGGAAGCAUGUUCUAAGUUUUAAAGAGCCUACAGAAAGAGUUUUAUCAGUUCAAAGUUGUCGUGUGGUUUCAUUAAAGCGGCUGCAGAAGAGCCCUGUGGAAAUGAUCUGUGUAUGUUUUCACAUGCUUUCAUUGGAAAGGAUUAAAACUUGAUUCUAAAAAUGCU